UCGGGAUCAGGUGGUGAUCGAAGGGAGGGGGAUGGAGAUCAGAGUUGGAGUAGGGGAAAAAUGGCGGGAAAAUACGCGCUCUGGGUGGGGGGAAAAUGGCGGGAAAAUACUCGCUCAGGGUGGGGGGAGCCAAAUGAAGAAGCGGAGAAAGAAGAGGAGGACGUUGACAUUGACGAAGAAGAGGACGUGAAGGAUGAUGACGUGGAGGAGGAGGAGGAGGACGAAGAAGAGGGGGAAAACGAGGAGAAGGAGGAGGAGGAAGAAGAAGAGGAGGAGGAAGAAGAGGAGGAAGAAGAGGAGGACGUUGACGAAGAGGGUGUCGUGGCGAUGGACAAGGAGAAGGAGGAGGAGAAGGAGAAGGUGAAGAAGGAGAAUGACGAUGAUGAGGAGGGCAACGAGAUAGAUGAAGAAGAGGAGGUGAAGGUCGAUGAUGUGGAGGAGGAGGAGUAGGAGGAGGGGGAGGAGGAGGAGGAAGAGGAGGAGGAGGAGGAGGAGGAGGAGGAAGACGAGGAUGAUAAGGAUGAC